ACUGAGUUAACACUGUGAAGGAUCUCUGGUGCGUUGAAAAUGGUAAGACUUCAGAUCCAGCAUUCUCAGUUAUCAACAAAUCACUCACCCUUUGGCUAUCUUCCAGCAACGAACGCCAAGAGAGAGAGAGAGAUAACAGAAGGCAAAAUAAAACGUGAAAAGGAAAAGAAAACAAUGAUGAUAUCAUGAUAACCCACCUCACCAACUACCAGUAGUUAAAUUCAGGACUAAGUAACAAACCACACCUGUCGGCAGCCCAUGCAGACAAUCUAAGACUGAGAGGUUGGGUGGGGUGACACAGAGGCAGAGAUUUGAGUUUAGCUUCAGAGACAAGAAUUGAAUUUCAGACAGACAGCAGAAGAAGAAGAAGAAAGAAGAAGAUAUCGGUUUUAGUGUUUUCUAGCUUCAGUUUUUAGUUUGGGUUGCUUUGGAUGCAAUGUUGGUCCAAGACCGUUCAUCCCCAAAACCAUCUAAGCCUGACCUCAGAACACCGCCACCUCUCCCUACGGUUCGCUUCUCUGAGCCCAAAAACCUUGAUUUCUGCACAUGGAUCUCCGAGAAUCUCUACAAAAUCGUCGCAAUUAUCCUCCUUGUCGCUGCCGUCGCCGUUCUUUUCUUCCUUCGCAACGUCGGUGACACUGCCGCUUUCCUCUGCUUCGAAACCCGAACGAUGGAGCUCGAGAAGAUUGCCUACCCUGAAAUUAAAUGGAAUUCGAUCCCACCCAUUGUCGACAAAUCCUCCCCUUAUGCCUCUUUCCGCGCUGAAAGAUGGAUCGUGGUUUCUGUUUCCACUUAUCCCACUGAGCCGCUUCGCAAUUUAGUCAAGCUCAAGGGUUGGCAGGUCCUCGCAAUUGGUAAUUCGAAGACCCCUUCAGACUGGAACCUCAAAGGUGCAAUUUUUCUCUCGCUAGAACAACAGGCCAAUUUAGGGUUUCGAGUUGUCGAUUACCUCCCUUACGAUUCGUUUGUUAGGAAGACUGUUGGGUAUCUCUUUGCAAUCCAGCACGGAGCUAAGAAGAUCUUCGAUGCGGACGAUCGUGGGGACAUAAUUGACGGGGAUCUCGGCAAACAUUUUGAUGUAGAAUUGAUUGGCGAGGGUGCAAGGCAACAGCCAGUGUUACAGUACAGUCAUGAGAAUCCAAAUCGAACUGUUAUAAACCCUUACAUUCAUUUCGGGCAGCGAUCGGUCUGGCCGAGAGGUUUGCCUCUGGAGAAUGUAGGAGAGCUCGGACAUGAGGAGUUCUUUACUGAAGUAUAUGGAGGUAAGCAAUUUAUUCAGCAAGGUUUAUCAAAUGGUCUCCCAGAUGUCGAUUCAGUUUUCUACUUCACACGAAAGUCUGGUUUGGAAGCUUUAGAUAUACGAUUUGACGAAAAUGCUCCAAAAGUGGCAUUGCCCCAAGGUAUGAUGGUGCCAGUGAACUCGUUUAAUACGAUUUUUCAUUCUUCUGCAUUUUGGGCUUUGAUGCUUCCGGUUUCUGUAAGUUCAAUGGCCUCAGAUAUCUUGAGGGGUUACUGGGCACAGAGGCUUUUGUGGGAGAUUGGAGGCUGUGUUGUUGUUUACCCUCCCACAGUUCAUAGAUAUGAUAGGAUAGAGGCGUAUCCGUUUUCAGAAGAGAAGGAUCUCCAUGUGAAUGUGGGUCGUCUGAUUAAGUUCCUGAUUCAAUGGAGAUCUGGUAAACAUAGAUUGUUUGAGAAGAUCUUGCAAUUGAGCUAUUCAAUGGCGGAGGAGGGAUUCUGGACCGAGAAGGAUGUGAGGUUCACUGCUGCUUGGCUUCAGGAUUUGCUUGCUGUUGGUUACCAGCAGCCAAGGCUGAUGUCUUUGGAGCUCGAUCGGCCACGGGCAACCAUUGGUCAUGGAGAUAAAAAGGAGUUCAUCCCUCGAAAACUACCAUCAGUGCAUCUCGGUGUUGAGGAAACAGGAACGGUAAACUAUGAGAUAGGGAACCUAAUUCGCUGGAGGAAGAAUUUUGGGAAUGUUGUGCUUAUCAUGUUCUGUAGUGGACCAGUAGAACGCACUGCUUUGGAGUGGAGGUUGCUUUAUGGAAGAAUAUUCAAGACUGUGGUUAUUCUGGCAGAGCAAAGCAAUGCAGAUCUUGCAGUUGAACAAGGGAAAUUGGACUUUGCAUACAAGUAUCUGCCCAAGAUAUUUGAUCGGUUUACAAGUGCAGAUGGAUUUCUUUUCCUCAAGGAUGAUACUAUCCUUAACUACUGGAAUCUGUUGCAAGCAGACAAGAGUAAGCUGUGGAUCAAUGAUAAGGUGACCAAUUCUUGGUUCACCGUUCCAACCUCCGGUAAGGACACAGAGUGGUUUGCCAGUCAAGCAGAAAUGGUCAAGAAAAUAGUGAGCACAUUACCUGUUCACUUUCAGGUCAGUUACAAGGAAAGCAACACUGAUGAGCAAAGACUGACUCUAAGCACAUCCGAAGUAUUCUAUGUGCCCCGACGCUUUUUGGGGGACUUCAUUGAACUUGUAGGUCUAGUGGGCAAGUUGGAUAUUCAUCAGAAGGUUGCAAUACCCAUGUUCUUCACGGCCAUGGAUUCACCACGUAAUUUUGAUUCUGUGCUCAAUACAAUGAUCUAUCAAUCAGAACUACCGGCUAAUAAUUCCUUGAGCUUUUAUUCAGCCCAAGCACCUACAGUGCAUCCAUGUAAGGUAUCCAGUGAGCCUGAAUUCAUACAGCUGAUUAGAGUCAUGGCAGAAGGUGACCCACUUCUAAUGGAGCUAGUUUGAAUUUAGAGGAGGUUGUGGGUACAUUUAGAUUCAAAUAGAAAAAAAAGCAAGAAACGUGUUACCACAUUGUUUACUGUUACACCAAAUUCUGUAUUUUUGUUUCUUUAUUUGCCUUCUUUUGGGGGAGGGAGAGGGAUAAUUUUAGCUUGUAGAUUUUUGUUGUAUUAUUAUUCAUUUACUUUGUGGGGAUUUCCCCCAAAAACAGUUGUGUUUUAUCAUUUCAACUAUCUACGAAAAGGGAAUGAAACACAGCUCUAUCCACGGCUCACAAAUAUUCUGAUUGCAUAUUGCAAGUCAAUGGAUGUACAGAUAAUGUGCUUUUG